AUGACCAAUCCUUUUGAUAUCGCAUUCCCUUUGCUUUUGUCGUGGAUCUGCCUUGCCGUUAGGGUAGGGAAGUCGAUACACCCUUCACGCAUCAGUUUGAGAAUGUCAUCAGGUCGUAGUGCAAGGGUUCUUGUCGUGAAUGAUGGUGCUUUAAGACUGUCGCUAGUGGUAGUGCGGCUUGGGUCACUCCAACGAAGAGGACGCAGAGAUGUAAGUGAGAAUAGACUGGCCUUAUCUCUCGAGCGUUCCGACGUUCACGCAAACAAGAUACGUGAGGCCCUCUACGUGCCUUACUCUUCCCAAGAUUUGGGAGCCAAAGUAUUUCAGAAUGGUAACGAGACUCCGGGCAAACUAAAUGUGUAUAUGAUGUGCAGCUUGGAUCGCUCUAAUGAAGUAGAGGAAGAUACAUGGAAGUACGGGCGUCAUCUCAAGGCGCCCGGUGCAAUGUACGAUGAAGCACAUGCCUUCAAUUUCGGAACCGAUGUUUCACUAUUCCAAUCGCAGGCUUCUAUCUGCCGCUAUGAUUCGCAAUCAUUGCAACCCGGCGUUGAUACCCAACCCCGAAGCCAGCGCCUAGAUUCAGUGGGCAAUGGUCAUUGGGCCUCAAACAAAUUAGGUUUCCAUUCAAUAUCCACUGGGUGCAUCACGAGGGUACCACAGCUGAAGAGCGCUGAAGCGCUGACACUUGGCCGCUUCCCUUGUCCUCUCAACAUAUCUGGUAUCGCCGUCGAUUCCAGGAAGUCGAAACUGGAUAUAGAGUCUGCUAAAGUAUGGAUCGGCGACUCACAUGUGCCAAUUGAACGCAAAGGAAGAAAGAGUUUGCGACGGACAUUUUCUCCUCCCGUGGUGCUUUCUCACGGGGAUAAAUUUUCCUUACAUAUGGAUUGCCUUGACAAGCCAUGGUUUAAUACGAAGACCGAAGAUUUUCUUUUCAACCCAGAAGAGAUGUUCCGCGUGUAUAGUGCAAGCAAAGGACACGAAUAUACCACACAUCAUAACAAAAUCAAAAUCGUCAUCUACUUUUCCAGGAAUCCAACAACUAUUCCUCGGUUCCGAAUUCUAGUGAUAGGAAAGACUGGCGUCGGCAAGUCAUCGCUAAUCAGCCACAUAUUUGGAGUGGAAGAAAUGAUCAAUUUGCCUGGGGCCAGCAUUGAUCAUGAGUUCAUCUCACCUCAAAACGACAAGUUUGUUCUCCACGGUAGCAAAGGUUUUGGACUCAGAGACAACCUUGAAACAAUUCGAGAUUUUAUUGACCGUCGGAGGAACAUGUCUCCGGAACAUCAGCUGCAUGCUGUUUGGCUCGUCAAUCAGAUACAGCAAACUCUAGAUAAAACUUCCCUCAAAGGAUUGAGCAAUGAAGCCAUCAAGGAACUCGCAAAGAAGAACGCAGAAGCCGAGCUGCAGGAUAUCUGCAUCAGACCUCUAGAGAAAUUUGCAGGGUCCAAAAUUCCCCACGCUGCGAUCUCUAGUGUGUAUCAAUACUUCAUCAAGUUCAUGCCCAACGAAGACUAUAAGAAGACACUCGCCCACCUGAUUCAGAUAACUGAAAACUGUGUCAGUCAGCAUUUUGCAUCCAAGGCUACAGUGGUGACCUCCAUCCGAGUCGCUCAACGAGUGGAUCCUGGACUCAAAAUAAAGGCAUCAUUCGAUGUCAGGAUUGCCAAGAAAAGAUACCGGAAGACGUUCUCAUGUUGUUGCACAAUAUUCAAGAAGCGCAAGAUGUGGGAUUUUCUACAUGUGCUUCAUACUGACAUCGUCAAUGUGUGGAACUUCUACGACCUUCAUCAUCACUUGAACAGCCAAAAGUUCAGGGAAUCGAUAAUAAAAAUGGUCGAAGUUGAACCUACCAAAGGACAUCGACACUUCUUCAGCCGCGUGCCAGUGAUUCAGCACUUCAUGUCCUACAUAGUCCACUUGACGCUUGUGUCACAGACACUUUAUUUCGUGUCGGGAGGCCGGGAAAUCACCCGUAGGGCCAUCAAGCUCGCAGUCUCUUCCUACCUCACCUCCCCAAUGAGAACAGAGGCUCGUACUUGGAUUCAGGCUUGUGAUAGGCAAUUGACCAUCCUGGACUGCGUGGAUCAGGAUAGAAUCGUUGAGGGCAUACGAUCGUAUACCAUCAAUGCGACACAAAGGGUCGAACGUCAGGAAAACACACAAAGGGCCGAACAUCGGGAAAACAUUCACCCGAGUGCCCCCAUUAAUACUCCCGCUAUCGUAUUUCACCCUACUGUGGAUUACACUCCUACCAUCAAUUACACUCCUGCUAUGAACUACCCUACUACCGAAUGGUUUACACGUCAGGGUUGACAAUAUUUAGGAGCAUGUCGUACCAAAUGUGAGAAAGAUACCUCAAUCCCAGGACCGACAUGCCAUUAUUUGUCGAUAAGAAUUGCUGCAAAUUUGAAAGUAAGGAUAUGGACCGCAGCGACUCUGGUCGUGCAGCCGCACCCCAAGCACUCUUCAUGUGCUAGCCGACGCCGCUACGUUCGAAAGUAAAAUUACUAAAAUGAAAAGGGGGACGUGCCUCGUGCCUGGCCGCUCAGUCAGGUUCAGUCCUGCAACUCUGUACUAUGGAUGACUUCCCGUGAGGUGAUACUUUAGGGAGGUGUGCCGCAAUGCCGGGUGACCGUAAC